CAAGAGGGGGUAAUUUUAGAAAACCCCACUGGAAACCAUUUGUGUCAUUGAAAUGAGUGCAUUUAUCUACAGAAAAGUAAAAACAUACAUUCACCGAUAGUCCGAACUCUCCUCCAAGUUGCAAUCCAAUGGCGAAGAGAGAUAGAUUGGCUCAGAUUGUAUCCACACAAAAUCAUGCUACGAAAAUAAACAAUCCACACACACGUCAAUACGUCAAUGAGAUGGAGAUUUAUCUUCCGCCUUUUUCUCUUUCUCUAUAUAUUUGUGUAUGCCCAUAACCUGUUCGACGAAAUUCCCCAAAGAGAACAAAAGGCCAUAGAGAGGAGAAGACAAAGACGAAAAAAAAUCCAAAAGUAUUGUCUUCUCCUUUCCUUUUCGUGGGCCUGAACUGAAAGAGGGAAACUUUGUUUAUGAAUGAAUUGUUGAUGAGGAAGAAUCUAAUUUUCUUUUAAAAAUCAAUCUCCAUCAUCACCAAGUCUCCAUCUCCACCCUUUUUCUGUUCAUUCAGCCCACGAAAAGAAUAAUCAAAAUAAAUUUGUUCUGUUUUGUGGGUCUUUGAAAUUUUAUCCUUUUUUUUAUGCUUAAUUGUUGAGCUACACCUAAUUUUUGGUACAAUCUCAAUUACCCUGAUUUGUUUUCAUUCCACUUUUCUUAAAGUGGUUUGAAAGGAAAAAACUUUUCAAGAUUUCUUGGAUUCAUUCAUUUUUUUUCUCAUAAUUCAAUCUAAUCCACAUACCCUUUAAUAACUCUGCCAUUUUUUAUCUAGUCUCUUUGGUAGCUUCUUUAUUUCUCCAUUGAACCAUUUUUUGAAGGUUACAGAGACAAUUAACAAUUGUCUCCUGUUAACAAUUUUUUCUUUUUAAAAAGACGAAGCCCACACUGGGUUUUAGUGGGCUUCGUCUAAAAACUAAUUAAAAAAAUAAAAUAAAAACCCAUAAAUUUUUCUCAAAAUGCUAAUCUACUUUGUUACGUUCAUCUUCUUCUAUAAAUACACUCUUCCCAUCAAACCACUUCCAUCAUGGGCUAGUAAAAUGAGACUCCUCUCUUUCUAUUUCUGGGAAAAUUUAUCAAUCUUAUUCCCCUCCAUAAAAUUCCUAAAAAACACCCAAAUGACCUCAAACAUGACCAAGAAAAAGAAAGUCAACAAGUCAACAACAUAUUCUUCAGAAAACUCUAAAACAACAACAACAACAACAAAAAAUCCAUGUCUAUUGGAUUUGCCUGAUUUGGUAUUGGAAACCAUUCUUGAAAAGCUUGAACCUCCUGACCUUUCAACAAUGGCUUGUGUUUCAACUUCUUUAAAAGACAUUUCUUUGAGUGAAUUUCUAUGGAAACGACACAUGAAGGAGAAAUGGGGAAGAAUCAUUGGUUCUGCUGCCCAGAGGGAAUGGGAAUCGCAUAUUGCAACUCAAAAGGAAUCAAGAAACUACUUUUUUGAUGGUGGAGAAGGAGGGUUUUUGGUGAAAUAUUUGUCUAAACUCAUGCCUGUUGUGGUGUUUAAAUCUAGCUUUAAUGGAAAAAGAAACCAGAUGGAGUUAUCAAGUGAUUCUUCCAUAGUGUCAUUCUACAGAGCCCUUGAAACUGGCAAGUUUUGGUUUCCUGCUCAAGUCUUUAAUCGUGAGAAUGGGCAUGUUGGGUUCAUCAUGUCAUGCUAUGAUGCAGAGCUUUGCUAUGAUUCUCAUACGGAUACUUUCGAGGCUAGAUAUCCACCACAUGGGACAAGGGCAAUUGCGUCAGAGAGCGGUGUGACAUGGGAGAGGUUAAGAGCAGCUCCGGUUGAUAAUUCACCUCAUGAUCUUCUUAUUUCAAUCUCUUUAAAUGAUUUGCGCCCAAAAGAUCACAUUGAGAUUCAAUGGAGAAGGAACAAACAAUUCCCUUAUGGAUGGUGGUAUGGUGUUAUCGGACAUUUAGAAUCAUGUGAUGGUAACACCACUUAUUGCCAAUGUCACACAAGCAAUAUGUUGGUGCUCGAGUUUAAGCAGUAUGCACCGGGUUCACGAUGGAGACAUAUGACGAUCAAUAGGAGAGACCAUCGGGAAGAAGGAAAUGAAACCGAAGGGUUCUAUGGAGGAAUAAAAAAACUAUAUGACAAGGAUGAUAUAUCUAUGUGGCAGCAAUUUUGGCCAGCUGGAAUCUUGGAAUAAAUAAGCAUAUUUUUUUGAUAGAGUUAGAUGGUUAAUAUUUUUUUUUCUUUUUUGUAGGAUUAGUUGGAGAUUGGGACAUAUAUAUAUGGGUAUCACCCACAUGUGAUAUAAGCUCCCAUUGCACUUGAAAAAUCGAAAAUGUAAUGUGUUGAUAUAUACGACUUCAUCUAGACUUCCCUUUUCUCUAAUCAACGUUAUUGAAAAGAACAAAAAAGAAUAUGCA